CAUAGACAGACACCCGGGAAAAUUACAGCGGGACCCUCACAGACCCCCGGGAAAAAUAACUCCGCUCUGGAUCCGCACGGAACCGGGACAAAUUCUGACUCAGUACAGUCUUACUGAGGGGCCACAGCAGCAGCAGCAGCAGGCUGGGUUCACCAAGUCUGCCUCUGUGGAGCCUGAGAGGCACUCUGGAUCUCAUUUAAGCUAAAUCAGCUUUUCCACCUUAAAAAAGGUGGAAUGGAUUAGUCAGACCUGCUCGGUGCAUUCUGGACGGACUGUUUUGUCUUUCGACUCGUGGGGUGGAAGAUGUCCAGUGCUUUAUUGGAUGGCCAAAAACUUCUGAGAAGCCCAAAGAGAUCGACGUCAGCUAAUGAGAAGAAGAAGGCUUUGUUUGUGGAGCCACAAACACCAGUGAAACCCUCAGGGAAAUCCGCAGCACCUCUGGAAACGCAGAAAAGCAUGGGACCCCUAACGACGCCCACUAAAGGCCCAGACGCUCCGGCGGGAGAGCCCUGGACGCCCACGUCCAACCUCAAGAUGCUGAUUAGUGCAGCCAGCCCUGAGAUCCGCAACCGCGAGAAGGAGAGAAGCACAGACGGUGCAAAGGCGGAGGAGGCAGAGUGUUCUUCUCAGGAGCCUGAAGGAGGAGAGGAAUCCGAGAAGCUGCAGCUUAGCCGGAAGGAAAAAAGCCUCGGUUUGCUUUGCCACAAGUUCCUGGCUCGAUAUCCUGACUAUCCAAAUCCAGCUGUGAACAAUGACAUUUGCCUGGACGACGUUGCCGCUGAACUAAACGUGGAGCGCCGUCGUAUCUACGACAUCAUGAACGUUCUGGAAAGCCUGCACAUGGUCAGCCGGCUGGCCAAGAACAGGUACACGUGGCACGGGCGGGCAAAGCUGGCGGAGACGCUGGCGGCUCUGCACAGGGCUGGCGAGGAGAACCGGUACAGCCAGCAGAUGCAGCAGCUCAGACAGAAGAAUCUGGAGCAGGAGUUCGAGCUGGACGGCGAGGAGAAAGAGAACGAGGAGGACGGAGACGGACAGAAAGAGCUGAGCUUCUCUGAAACCUCAGGGGACACUAAAACAGGCAGCAGCCGUAAGGAUAAAUCGCUGCGCGUGAUGAGCCAGAAGUUUGUGAUGCUGUUCCUGGUGUCUUGCCCUCGUGUGGUCAGUCUGGAGGUUGCAGCAAAAAUCCUCAUUGGAGAGGACCAGGUGGUGGACCAGGACAAGAGCAAAUUCAAGACCAAGAUCCGUCGGCUAUACGACAUCGCAAACGUCCUGAGCAGCCUAGAGCUGAUUAAGAAGGUGCACGUGACGGAGGAUCGGGGGAGGAAACCGGCUUUUAAAUGGACUGGACCGGAGGACCUGCCCUUACCCCAGGAUGUGGAGGUUGCUAAGGCAACGCCUGCCUCAUUGCUUUCACGGCCGCUGGAGUCCCGCGCCUCGUUAGAUAACUGCACCAAAAACCUCUUCUGCUCACCCGGAGGAGGCAAACGGGGCUUCACACGCCACCACUCACUCGUCAAACUGGCCAAGAGCAUCCAGGACGACCGGCGGAAAAUAAACUCCGCCCCAGCCAGUCCCAUCAAAAUGACCAGUGAAACAGUAAGUGGAGGGCUGGCCCACCUUGCAGCGAUCUGUAAAAUGCAGCUGGACGAAGAGACUGUGGGUGUUCAUAGGCAGCCAGACCCAGAAGAUGCUACAGAAGUUUAUGAAGAAACCUCACUGCCUUGCGCAGCCAGCUCUGAGGCAGAAUCGGCAUCCGCCUGCUCCAAAGGAGUGCAUUUCCCUGUCGUGCCCACAGGGGCAGUUUCGUACCUCCCCUCUCACUGCUCCUCCCUCAUACCGGUGCUGCUGCCUCAGCCCCAGGUGGGCCGGUCCUACGCCCUGUACGUCCAUCACGCCUCGGUCAGGCCACACCCCUCAACCAGGCCACCGCCCACCAGCCUGGCCGUUCGCUCCAUGACAUUCGAAAGCCCCGGGGGACCCAACACCAAGGCGUCACCAGUUGCCAUGGCAGCAGCAGGUCAGACAGCUCAGGCUCUUGGUCAUGACCCUGCCAGUCCGUCUCUGAAACGAGCAUGUGCAGAGAUGGGUCUGGAAGGAAGUCCUUCCAAAGUCAAACGGGCCGAGGUGAACUCCAAGAGCAGUUCCCCAAAGCUGGGUGAAAUCCUGCAGGCUCGUCUGAAGGCACGGCGAGGGGCACUGAAAUCCAACCGGCCGUCCUCCAGAGCUCUGCACCUGGAUCCUGAGUUCACUAAACCCCCGGAACCGCGCAGCGCCCCCCUGGAGCACAGCCUGGAGAACUUUCUGGAGAAAGAGGAGAAACUGCAGCCCGAGAGCAGCGAGACGGGACUGACCCCAACACAGCUUGCGCAAACACACCUACAGACCAACAUUCCGGCGGGACAGGAGACGCAGACCGGACACGUGCAGGCAGAGACUUUGAUACCCACAGGUUAUUUGAUUCCGAUCCCUCAGCAGCCCCUGCUCAGCUUUAAGGAAACCCAAAGCUCCUGUGAAGCUCCUAAAGCCUCCACGCCCACUUAUAACAUCUACCACACACCAACCGCAGGCUCCAGGCCGCCCCCUCCUCAGGAGUUCACACCCACCAGUCUCCACUUGCCCCGGGUGCCCCCCCUCUCCCCCUUCUCCCCCAGCCCCAGCCCAGCCAUUCUCAACUUCACUCUGCAGAACAUGGGCCUGAUCACCAGCCCAUCCACACCCGCACCUAGUGGAAUGGCCCUGGAACACCCCAGUCCCAACAUCCCCCCAGGCAUGUCCCCACACGGCAUGAUCUUCGUUAAACCGGUUUCUCCAGCAGGAGCACUGCCUCACGCAGCGUUACACGGCCAGCCCGUUACCUUCAUCAGCCUGCAGCAGCCACUCCUGACCACACCCAAAGGUGGCCCUGCGGUCCAGCACAGUUUCUUUCACACCCCGGUCUCCUCCCUGCCCACCAUGACCACUCCCACAGCCCCCAAAAGCAUCUACAUCCCACAGAGGAAGUUGGACGUCAGCUCGGAGGAUUCAUAGGAAGGAGUGUGGAGUUUUUGCACUGACUGAAACUUUAACGCAGCCAGUCCACUAAUGUCUCCUGAGCCCGUGUGCGUUUGUGUGUUUUGAUUAUAUGGCUGGUACUGUAGUUCUGCUUGAUCGUUAUUUCUGCGGUCCUGGUGUGUUCACUAUGUGUUUGGAGUCUGGAUGACCGAGGCGCGUGUGUAUAUGUGUGUGUAUGUGUGUGUGUGUAUAUGUGUGUGUGUAUGUGUGUUUUGUGCUGUCCGCCCAGACAGGGCUCCAAAUAUAGCCCAGUGCAGCUGGGUUCACUCUGAGCCUCAGAACAUGCCCCACACAAUCCCAGGACACUGUAAUCUAUAAUAGACUUGACAUUAGCAUCCGAUCCACUAGCGUUCUUUUGUUAUGGGUUAGCUUUGUAAAAAUACAGAAUGCUGUAACUAUGAUUGUAUGGGGUUUAAAAAAAGGUCUGUUUUUAUUUCAGGGACUUUCUACCAAAUGUAUAAAAAAUGGUCAGGAAUUAGAGGUCAUUAGACAAAAGGUGCUAAAUGUUUUCUAAAAUUUUACUGUGCCAUUAUUAUGGCACUGUGCCAUAUGUUUAUAGAAGAGAAUGGUGAGGAUGAGAGUAUUAUAGCCGGAUUAAUAAACUGUAGUGGUCUUACAGCUGUGUACAUUGUUUAUGUGGAUAAAGCCCAUGCAAGUGUGAUUGUAUGCAAAAGAGUGAUGAUUGUGCAUUAAGUAUUGCUAACCUAAUCAUUUUAAUUAUUACUUGGCAAAUUUUAAUUAAAUACAAAAAGGAGUUGUGA